AUGAAGGAUGUCUAUGGACACAAAACUAAAGGGGCAGUUAGAAUUUGUGUGGACUAUAGGAAUCUGAAUGAAGCAUCUCCCAAAGAUGAAUAUCCUAUGCCAAUUGUAGAUAUGCUAGUAGAUGUAGCUGCUCAUAACCAGAUGCUAUCUUUUAUGGAUGGCAAUGCAGGUUACAAUCAGAUUAUGGUGGCAGAAGAAGACAUCCACAAGACAGCUUUCAUGUGCCCAGGACAUAUAGGUGCUUUUGAAUACACUGUAAUGCCUUUUGGCUUAAGAAAUGCAGGAGCUACUGAUCAAAGAGCAAUGAAUUCUGUUUUCCAUGAUAUGAUAGGGCAUUCUCUAGAAGUAUAUAUAGAUGAUGUGGUGAUUAAAUCCCUAGAGGAGGGAAACCAUGCAUAG